ACCCAGAAAUAUUCGAACCCGUUCAGGGAUAUAAGUCUAAGGGAAAUAUUUUGUACAAAAGGUAGAUUAGAGUAGAGAAAUAGGUAACAGCAUAAACUCAUUAAGGAGGUGAUUACUUUUGGCCUAUAAAAGCCCAAUAUCGUGGAGAGUGAUUAAGUGCCGUCGUCUUGUAUUGUUGUUAAAUUUCCUGCGCAUCGCUGUUUUUCUGUGAUUCGAUGCGUAAUUGCAUUGGGAAGCUCCGAUAACGCUACCCAUCCUAUCUAAGUGGAUUACUCAACUCCUUACGUCACCGUCCGUAAACGAACCAAGGCAUUGGCUUAACAGUACACCAGCGUAGUAACAUGGUACCAGUUAAAAUGGCUCGUUUUGCGGGAAAAGUUGCUGUUAUUACCGGGGCUUCUUCAGGUAUUGGAUAUGGCACCGCUUUGCGCUUUGCCACGGAGGGUGCCGCUUUAACGUUGACUGGGCGCAAUGCUGACGCACUCGCAAAACUCGUGGAAGAAUGUGUUAAGACGGGGCUACCCCAAGAAAACAUUCUCACUGUUAAAGGCGACAUUGUAGAGGAAAGCACCAGACAGAGAAUUAUCACGGAAACCGUUGGAAAAUUCGGUCGAAUUGACAUUCUCGUCAACAAUGCUGGAACGAUUACGCUGGGCACAUGUGAGGCGACCGAUAUGUCCGCUUACGAUAAAGUGAUGGACGUAAAUGUCCGUACUCCGUUCCAUCUUACGCAAUUGGCUAUACCGUAUCUUCGUGCCACCAAGGGCAACGUGGUAAAUGUUUCAUCUGUCAAUGGAAUUCGUUCCUUCGCCGGCGUGUGCGCGUAUAACAUGAGUAAAGCCGCUUUAGACCAAUUUACAAAGACUCUUGCCCUUGAAGUGGCUGCAGAUGGAAUUCGAGUAAAUUCUGUUAACCCAGGAGUUAUUAUUACAGAGCUUCAACGUCGAGCUGGACUAAGCCAGGAGCAGUAUGCCGCUUUCCUGGAAAAUUCAAAGCGUUCUCACCCACUGGGUCGACCUGGAAACGUCGAUGAAGUGGCCGCAUGCAUUGCAUUCCUAGCAUCUGAUGAGGCAUCGUUUUGCACUGGAAACUUACAUAAUGUUGACGGCGGGAGGGGGGUACUUGGUGUUCGAUAAAACGUUUUUUUUUCAAUGCGACGUAAUUUUAUUUAAAAAGUCAAGAAGCGCGAAGACAAUUAUGUUGUGCACCCUUUAUUAUGUAAUAAGCGCACUGUACGAAGAAGCCACACCCUUAUAAAUUUGCAUGUCUGUUCUUAGAUAGAUGUUAUAGAUCGUUAUUUUAGUUCAUUUUUAUUAAUGUGAAUAAAUAGACGCCGUAAGUUUUUGGAAUUAAAAGCAUAACUCGAACAAUCACGUUUGUCCUUCUAAACAGUCGUAAAUGUCCUUAGGCAAAAAUAGAUAAAAUGACCUCCCUAAAACGUUAUAUCAAAAAUAGGAUAUAAAAGAGUUAACAAUGUUAAUAAGUUAAUUAAGCGUUUCUUUCUAGCGGCUUCCCAUAUUUUAGAUAAAUUAAUUAAUUAGAAUUAACUAACCUUUGCAACAGACUUCUCUUCUAUUUCAUACACAAACAAAAUAUUUUGUUCUUUAUCCCAUAAGAGAGUAUUCGUCAGUAAUUUAAUUACCGUAAUGGAUCCAUGUACCUAUAUAGGUGUUUUGAAUAAAGCUUCGAGUUUAUGAA